UUUCAGCGGCAUCACCAAUUUCCAAUAUGGCGGAGGCCCAGCUUGUUCUAGCGAGAGAAUGUCGCAAAGAAAAGCAGAGUCCUGAUCUCCCUUCACAUUCAAAUGAUAAUCAAACCUCCUCGUCAGAUGGUGAGACCACAGUGGAACCAGUCCCCAUCUUUGGUGAUGAUGAAUUCUAUGUUCGUGAAGUCGAAAUGGAUAUUUCAUACGUUGUAGAUGACAUCCAAAAACAGGCCAAUGCUGAGCAGCAGAUGGCUGAUGAUGUAACGGCGUGCUCAAAGAAGAUUUACCAAUGUGAUCAAUGUUCCAAGACCUUCACUAGGCCACACGACCUUCGACGCCACACAAAAUCUAUACACAAUGGUGAGAAGCCUUACAAGUGCGAGCAUUGCGGAAGAUACUUUGGGCUGUCCAAUGUCCUUGCACGCCAUAUUCGAAAUGUUCACGUUAAUGGUAGCCCAUUCGAGUGUGACCAGUGCGGCAGAUGUUUCAAGAAAAACGAGACACUCGACCACCACCAUCAAAAUACUCAUAGCGGUGAGAAGCCCUACCAAUGCACUCAAUGUGACAAGCUUUUUGGUUCACAGGAAAUUUUAGACCGUCACGUGAGAGCAGUGCAUAAUCAGGAAAAGCCGUUCAAAUGUAGCAAGUGUGAAGAAUCCUUUGGCUGGCCAAUGCAAUUGACUGACCACACGAGGAACACGCAUGCGCAGGUCUAUACGUCUAAGGAGUGCCCUCAAUGUGGUAAGGUCUUCAACCGAGGUCGAGACACCCUCCGCCACAUAAGGGCCGUACAUAGGGACACCUUGCCAGACUCAGAGACUGUGGAGGAUUUCGAAUGUGAACACUGCAAGCAUUGUUUUAAACGUCGCCGAGAUCGUGAUUUACAUAUUAAGGUAGUGCACAAUCGCGUCAAGGCGUUUAAGUGUGAACACUGUCAUAAGGUGUUCGGACACUCUUUCGAUAGAGCCCGUCAUGUCAAGAAGUUCCACAGCGAUGCUAAGCCCGUCACGCCAAGCUCGCAAUCUGAUCAGUCACAUGAGCUGUCUGAAGCUAUUGAAGGUAUACAAAAUAAAGACGUUUAUCAAAUAACAACGAGAUCCCAUGACUCUGGCUCUAACUCGAUUGGCGAACGUGAACAAGGUGUCCUGGAGACUCAAUCUAAUGAGACUCUUGAAACUGGAAACGCUGAUUCGGAAGUACUGGCUAGUUUAAAUACUAAAGAAGAAAAGCACACAGACGGAAGGCGCAUCACACAUAACCGAACUCAUUGUAAGGAGAGGCCUCACAAGUGCGAACAAUGUGGUCGCAGCUUCCAUAGACCUAGUCACCUCACCAGCCAUAUAUCUGUGGUCCACAACAAAGAGAAAGCUUACCAGUGCGAUCACUGCGAUAUGCGAUUCAGCCGCACGAAUGAUGUGACACGGCACGUUCAAGUAGCUCACACCGACAUCGCUCCACACGAGUGUAAGAACUGCAGUAAGUUAUUCGGCAGAGAGGUGGAUCUGGUUCGUCACAUGACUUGCACGGUUCACGUCACCGAGAAAUACGAGUGCGAUUUGUGCGACAGUGUUUUUAUCUCUUCGGCGGAUCUCUCGAACCACAUGCGGUCUGCGCACAACAGGAAGAAGAACUACAACUGCGGGAAAUGUGGCCACGUGUUCAAGAAGUUCGGUGAUUUGCGAAGUCACGUGGGCACUGUUCAUAACGGAGAGAGACCCUUUGAGUGUGAUCGCUGUGACAAACGGUUCGGUCGGUCUGGGGAUCGUGCACGUCACAUAAGAAAGGUUCAUAAACUAUAAAGACUUAUCACAAAGCUAGGUAUUAUACGUAUUAAGGCUGACUUAGACCUCACGAUUUUGUUGUAUGCGACACCUCUACAACUCGAGUAGUAGAGUGUAAAUUAGCCUACGACUCCGCUACGAUGCUCGACUACGAAAGUCGUACUGUGUUAUUCAGGGCUAAGACACGUCGUAGGAAGGUCUCAUACGACUACAUCGUGCUGUUGUCUUUACGGAAGACGUUAUUUAUACGUAAACAAUAAACGCUAUACAAAUACUGUACAGAAUCCACAUUACGGAGGACAGCCAUCCACGUUUAAACAAUGUUAAACCUUUUCCGUUCCAUUUUGGUAGUCGUGAGCGUCAUGGCACGAAGUUGUCUAAAAGUAUUUUAUAGUUUAGCUUUUCCCUUGUUGCUUUUUUUGGGAAAAUUCAACAGGCAGUCUUUUUGAUCAAUUCUUUAAGGUUGCACUUGGUCCUGAAAUAUGUCCAGAAUAAUCGUGGUACAAAAAUUUGACAGAUCAUAUCAAGUUGUUUUAGAUGAAUAUUAUAAAAAAAAAACUCCCCCAAAAUAUUUUGACGGCCUGAGCCGAGCGCAACUGGAAAAUGUCCUUCGAGGCAAAGGUAACAACCUUUUUGCUUCGUUUUGAAUAAAAUGAAGUGCACAUGUCA